AUGACCUCAAUCAAGUCCAGCUACCUACAGUACCAUUACCAGAAGAUUGGUGCUCGGUGAUAUACUACGAAUUGGACACACAAAUUGGCGAAACCUUCAAAAUCAAAAACGAUGAGUUACGUGUCGACGGCGGUAUGGAUCCACUGGCGCUUCACAAAGGACGACUUUGUUUGGGCGCAUUGCCGAAUGUACAUCGUGGUGAAGUCAGCGAGCGAACGA